UGUACAUAAUCCCUGAGUUGACCCAGAAAAUAGGCAGUCGUUUCAAGAUCUGAUGCGGCAGUCUUUGUGCGCACCGUCCCCGCUUGAGCAUGAAGCGUAACCCAGAGGAAUACACACUGUAAUUCAGAGGAGCUUCGCCUCGCAGAGGAAAACUGGUUUAAAAAGACGGAGCAAGAGCAAAGUCGCGCAACUUUGUAAAAACGAAGCGGAUACGGGAGACAUGGCAGAUCAUCUGAUGAUGCCCAUGAAUCACAACUCAGCAGGCGCCAGUCUCCACAGUUACAGGAUGGGCAUGAAUGGGGGCCUGCAGGCAGGUCACCAGCAGCAUGCCAACCAGCAGGGAAUGCGGGCGCUGCCCAAUGGCCAGAUGAUGCACUAUGGAGGUGCACAGGCCAACAUGGAGACCGCCAUGAGGCAGAGGCAAGGCAUGGUGGGUGGGCCCAUGAAUGGACAGCUGAACGGGGCUCAGAUGGGUCACCAUCAAAUGACCUCUGGUAAUAUGAUGUUUAACGGCCAGCCACAACAGCAGCAACAUCACCCUCAGCAGCAGCAUCACAUGCAUCCACAACAGCACCAGCAGCAGGCCCAGCACCAACAGCACCAACAGCAGCAGCAGCAGCAGCAGCAGCAGCAGCAGCAGCAACAGCAGUUCAUGAAUGGAGGGUUAACAUCCCAGCAGCUUAUGGCCAGCAUGCAUCUGCAGAAACUCAACACCCAGUACCACGGACACCCACUGGGUCCAAUGGGUGGGAACCACAUGGGACCCACAACCCAAUACCGCAUGAACCCAGCUCAGCUGGCUAGCAUGCAGCACAUGGCCGGACCCACACUGGCCCUGAAUGGCAUGGAUGCGGAUAUGAUUGAUGAGGAUGUCCUGACGUCGCUGGUCAUGGAAUUGGGCUUGGACCGUGUCCAGGAGUUGCCAGAACUCUUCCUGGGCCAGAAUGAGUUUGAUUUUAUUUCAGACUUUGUUAGCAAACAGCAGCCCAGUACUGUUAGUUGCUGAAAUGACCUUAUUUUUAAAGGGGCACAAAAGGAGAUGAGAGAGAAAUGUCCAGGAUGGAUGAAGAGACCUAAUUUCUUCAGUUUUCAUUUCAUGAGCACAGACCUGUACAACUAAACUGAAGACGUGGCGCAGGGUGCACAUUAGAGAACUCCGGGUAUCUACAGCGAACACACAAUGUUUGAGUCUCAUGUGUUUGCUAGUGGCCCGAGGCUGGGUGGCUUUAAAGCCCAGCUCUUCUUCUCAUAUUUCCUGGACACGAAUGUAAUAAAGAAAUGCUGAAAUUCUUAAAAGCCACUCUGAACAAUUCUAUGACACUAUGUAGCCUCUAAGUCUGGACUCCAUAACAGUUUACCAGUAAAAAGGUGUAUUUAUUUAUUCCUACCUGAGAAAAUUGAUAUAAAGAUCAACCACCUUCUCUGUUUUGGGAUCCAAGUGGUUCCUAUGAUAUUUUUCCUGAGAGUAGGUUUGGGAAAUAUUACAUUAAGUUCUCUGCUCAUGACUAAACCCCCCCUUCCAAUUUUGUUUGGCUUGGUAUUGAAAUAAGCUUAGAUGACGUUGUCGUCUGAAUGAAUUUACAUUUUGUUUUUUUCUUUUUCAAUCAUGAAAUUACAGUGUUGUCUCAUCUGAAUGAGAGUGUCAUCCAGACUUUAAAAAUGGUUCACUUUUGUAAAAGUGCUGCCUUUUUUUUAGAUGUGAUGUUCUCAAAAAAAAAAUUACUGCUUGUACUGUAUGAAGCUGUAUAACUCCAACAUGUCCACACUGUUGUGUCCUAUUGGAGAUGUAGAACCGCCUUAAUCACGCAGAUUUUUAUUUAUUGGUUGUUUAUAUUGUCCCCCUUUUUGUGGUCAAGAUGGGGGGAUGGUCUUUGUGAAAGGGGGUUUUGAGGAUCAAUAAAAAACGGCCUGAAUAGA